AUGUCGACCCCUCUCAAUCCAGACGCCUUUGUUCUUGCAAGCCUAAUGGAAUCUCACUUCAAGGAACUAGAUCUGAUCCCAGAACAGUUUCUCCAGAAGAAAGAAGAAAUGGUUCCCAUACUGGAAAACUGCUUGUCACACUCUUGCCUUGAAGAGGGUCUUGCAGAACAAAUUGCUGUCGAUAAAAGCAAUUCAGCCCAUCGGAUUAAACCCGGUCCGGUCGACUCUGCUUUCAUCAAGGACUGCGUGGCCCAAGUUCUGGUGGCCAGCAACAAACGCUUCAUCAAAAUUAUGCAUUGCUCCCUUGUCCAAGCUGGCAAGGAGAAAGAAGCUCAAGAGUACCUCGAAAAGGUGAGCCCUGCAUCCCGGGUCAAGCACUUUGAGUCCAUCAAGAUGUGGAAUUAUCUUACUCUGCCAUUCCAGGUGCUCAAGGUAAUGGAGGAUACGGGAUUAGGCACAAAUCCUUCGAGUUUCUUCAUGCCUACAGCACCGCCUGAGGUUUUUCCCACUCUGGCACCGGGCUGGAGGCCUGGCCAGGCUAUGGCCGACGGUAACGUUCCGUUGAGCUUGCUUUAG